GCUGGACAGCAUAACCAUGCAUUCUUCAGACUCCAUACAAGUCUGAGACUUGAGGGUGCACCGGGCAUGGCCUCAUCAAUGCUUACCUACGUUUUCGUCUACCCAGAACGUAUACGCCGGCUCUCAUUUACUGCUCUACCUCAACACUCGCCAUUUGGUCUUCCUGCCAUUGCUCUUACCUUUGAACUUAGUAGACGACCUGCUCUUGUUCUUCCUAAAACGUACACCUCUCUAGGACAAGGGGCAGAAGAGGCAGGGUGUUCUCUUCGUAGCCUCAUCCAACAAUUAGAUUUUGCUGUUUAUGCAUCGCUCCCCAGUAGAAGCCUCUCUUCUACCUGGCUGCAGCAAUUUUGCAAUGAUAUCACGGAGCAAAAGUACACAACUAUUUCAUCACUUGUUAACUUGAAUAUUCUGUAUCAAGGCCAGGGUUGAUGCCCAAACAGCUGCUUGUAAAAGUGAUGUUGACCAGAACAUAAAGUCUACCGAAGAGUGACUGAAAAGUAAUGCGAUGAAUGAAAGAAUGCGCGAAGAAUUGGA